AUGGUUGAACAAAUUUACAAAAAUGCAAGAAAAGAAAACGCAUCAACUCUUGCUUCGCGUGUGAAGAAGACGGAUGCUCGAGAAAUCGAAAGCUUUUACAAGCAAUACUACGAGCACUAUGUUGUGGCGCUCAACAAGGGGGAGCAAGCUGAUAGAGCCCAGCUUGGGAAAGCUUACCAGACAGCUGGUGUUCUGUUUGAAGUGCUUUGUGCUGUUAAUAAGACUGAGAAGGUCGAGGAAGUUGCCCCUGAGAUCAUGGCUGCAGCUAAUGAUGUCCAGGCGAAGAAGGAAAUAUAUGCUCCGUACAAUAUUCUUCCCCUGGAUUCUGCUGGGGCAAAACAGUCAAUUAUGCAGCUGGAAGAGGUGAAAGCAGCCGUGACUGCUUUACAAAACACCCGUAGCUUGACAUGGCCGUCUUCAUUCGAGCAACAAAGGCAGAAAGCUGGGGAGCUCGACCUUCUUGAUUGGCUGAGAGCCAUGUUUGGGUUUCAGGCAUGUCUUAGGGACAAUGUGAGGAACCAAAGGGAGCAUUUGAUAUUGUUGCUCUCAAAUAUUCAUAUAAGGCUAAUCCCUAAGCCUGAACCACAAAACAUUCUUGAUGAUCGAGCCGUUGAUGCACUCAUGAAUAAGCUAUUCAAGAACUACAAGACAUGGUGUAAAUAUUUAGGAAGAAAGCACAGCUUAAGACUACCAAAAGGUCAGCCAGAUGUGCAGCAGAGAAAGAUACUUUAUAUGGGUCUAUAUCUUCUCAUCUGGGGUGAGGCUGCUAAUGUCCGGUUCAUGCCCGAGUGCCUAUGCUACAUUUUCCACAAUAUGGCAUAUGAGCUCCACGGACUCUUAGCUGGAAAUGUGAGUAUUGUCACGGGAGAGAACAUCAAGCCUUCUUAUGGUGGGGAUGAUGAAGCCUUCUUGCGGAAAGUUAUUACACCCAUUUAUCAAGUGAUUGAAAAGGAAUCCAAGAAAGGUAAAAAUGGGAUAGCCCCUCACACAGCCUGGUGCAACUAUGAUGAUUUAAACGAGUAUUUCUGGUCAACUGAUUGCUUCCAUUUGGGUUGGCCGAUGCGUGAUGAUGGUGAGUUUUUCAAAUCAACUCGAACUGUUACACAGGGGAAAGGUGGUUCAAAAAAAUCGACUGGAAAGUUGGGGAAAUCGUUCUUUGCAGAAACACGAACAUUUUGGCACAUUUUUCGGAGUUUUGAUCGUCUGUGGACUUUCCUUAUUCUUGCGCUACAGGUCAUGAUUAUCAUCGCAUGGAGUAGAGUUUCUAUAUUUGAUCUCUUCCAGAAGGACACUUUAUACGACUUGUCUAGCAUUUUUAUCACGGCAGCCUUUCUUCGUCUUCUUCAGAGUAUUUUGGACAUCGUUCUGAAUUUCCCGGGCUUCCUUAGGUGGAAAUUCACUACUGUUCUAAGGAGUGUCCUCAAGAUAAUUGUCAGCCUAGCCUGGUCCAUCAUCCUCCCUUUGUGUUAUUUGGUCCAAAUCAAGUCAUCAUCAUUUUCCCAAAUCAAAGAUGUGCUCUCGUUCCUCGAUAGACUUAAGGGUGUGCCAGCUUUCUACAUUAUGGCGGUGGCUAUAUACCUGCUGCCGAAUUUGUUGGCAGCUGUCUUAUUUGUUUUCCCAAUGCUGAGACGCUGGAUUGAAAAUUCAGACUGGCAUAUCAUUAGGUUUCUUCUGUGGUGGUCACAGCCCAGAAUCUAUGUAGGAAGGGGAAUGCAUGAAAGUCAAUUUUCACUUAUCAAAUAUACAUUAUUUUGGGUGCUGCUUCUGUGCUCGAAAUUUGCAUUCAGCUAUUUUAUGAUGAUAAAACCUCUGGUCAAUCCCACUCACGACAUCAUGAACAUUCACCAUGUUGAUUAUGCUUGGCACGAAUUCUUCCCUAAUGCUUUAUAUUUUACUAUUCUGUUGCAGGUUUACUUCUUGGACCUUCAGAUUUGGUAUUCUAUAAUCUCCACCUUGUAUGGAGGUUUUAUUGGUGCCUAUGAUCGUCUUGGCGAGAUGGAUCUGCUUCUUGUUCCCUACUCUUGCGAUCCUAGCCUGAAAAUAAUCCAGUGGCCCCCUUUUCUACUUGCUACCAAGAUUCCGAUAGCGCUGGAUAUGGCUGUUCAAUUUCGGUCCAAGGAUGCUGACCUCUGGAAGCGAAUAUGUGCUGAUGAGUAUAUGAAGUGUGCUGUAACAGAAUGCUAUGAGUCAUUUAAACUUGUUUUGAAUGCCUUGAUAAUCCGCGAGUCUGAGAAACGGGUCAUCGGAACCAUCAUUAAAGAAAUAGAAAGUAACAUGUCAAAGGGCACACUCCUUGCAAAUUUCAGAAUGAAGCACUUACCUGAUCUUUUCAAGAAAUUUGUAGAGCUUGUGGAGAUAUUGAAAGAAAGCGAUCCAUCUAAGAAAGAUAGGGUUGUUUUACUGAUGCAAGAUAUGUUAGAAGUCGUUACCCGUGACAUGAUGGUGAAUGAGAUUCGUGAACUUGCUGAGCUUGGUCAAGGUAGUAAGGAUUGUGGAAAUCAACUUUUUGCUAGUAUUAGCUUCCCUCCCCCAAAUACAGCCCAAUGGGAAGAGCAGAUACGACGCCUCUAUCUGCUUCUUACUGUUAAAGAAUCCGCAAUCGAUGUCCCAACGAACCUUGAAGCACGUAGACGGAUAGCAUUCUUCUCCAAUUCACUCUUCAUGGAUAUGCCACGUGCACCUCGAGUUCGCAAAAUGUUGUCAUUCAGUGUAAUGACUCCAUACUACAGCGAGGAGACUGUCUACUCCAAAAGCGACCUAGAAAUGGAGAAUGAAGAUGGUGUGUCUAUUCUAUAUUACCUUCAAAAGAUAUUCCCAGAUGAGUGGAACAACUUCAUGGAGCGUCUGAACUGCAAAGAAUCUGAAAUUUGGGAAAAUGAAGAGAAUAUACUGCAACUACGCCACUGGGCAUCCUUGAGAGGGCAGACCCUUUGCAGAACGGUCAGAGGCAUGAUGUAUUACCGAAGGGCUUUGAAGCUUCAGGCUUUUCUUGACAUGGCAACUGAAGAUGAGAUACUUGAAGGCUACAAAACUAUUACAGAACCAUCAGCAGAAGAUAAGAAGAGUCAGAGAUCCAUGUAUACUCAAUUAGAGGCUGUGGCUGACAUGAAGUUCACAUAUGUCGCCACAUGUCAAAACUAUGGGAACCAGAAACGAAGUGGAGAUCGUCGUGCAACAGACAUUUUAAAUUUGAUGGUUAAUAAUCCAUCUCUUCGAGUCGCGUAUAUAGAUGAAGUCGAGGAAAGGGAAGGUGGGAAAAAUCAGAAGGUCUAUUACUCUGUAUUGGUAAAAGCUGUUGAUAAUCUUGAUCAGGAAAUCUACCGAAUAAAGCUGCCUGGGUCAGCAAAGGUUGGUGAAGGGAAGCCAGAAAACCAAAACCACGCUAUUAUCUUCACGCGUGGGGAAGCUCUUCAGACCAUAGACAUGAACCAGGACAACUAUUUGGAAGAAGCUUUUAAGAUGCGCAACCUACUUGAGGAAUUUAAUGAAGAUCAUGGGGUGCGUCCACCUACGAUCCUGGGUGUUCGCGAGAAUAUUUUCACUGGAAGCGUGUCAUCGUUGGCUUGGUUUAUGUCAAAUCAAGAAACAAGCUUUGUCACCAUUGGCCAGAGAGUUCUUGCAAGACCUCUGAAGGUAAGAUUCCACUAUGGACAUCCAGAUGUUUUUGACAGAAUCUUCCAUAUGACACGUGGAGGCAUCAGCAAAGCUUCACGGGGAAUCAAUCUUAGUGAGGAUAUUUUCGCUGGUUUUAAUACAACAUUAAGACGUGGAAAUGUUACUCACCACGAAUAUAUUCAAGUUGGGAAGGGACGAGAUGUGGGUCUCAACCAGAUCUCACUUUUCGAGGCCAAAGUUGCAUGUGGUAACGGAGAACAGACACUCAGCCGUGAUAUCUACAGAUUGGGACACCGUUUUGACUUCUUCCGCAUGCUGUCAUGUUACUAUACAACCAUAGGGUUCUACAUCAGCUCAAUGUUGGUGGUCCUCACAGUAUAUGCAUACCUUUAUGGCAAACUCUACCUCACUCUUAGCGGCCUCGAGAAGACCAUCGUCCGGUUUGCGAGAUCCAAGGGGGAUGAUGCCCUGAGCGUGGUCAUGGCCUCCCAGUCGAUCGUCCAGCUCGGCUUCCUCAUGGCCCUCCCCAUGGUCAUGGAGAUCGGCCUCGAGCGAGGCUUUCGCACAGCCGCCGGUGACAUCAUCAUCAUGCAGCUUCAGUUGGCAUCUGUCUUCUUCACCUUCUCCCUCGGAACCAAGCUCCACUACUUCGGGCGCACCAUACUCCAUGGUGGGGCCAAGUACCGGGCCACGGGCCGUGGCUUUGUCGUCAGGCAUGAAAAGUUUGCUGAGAACUACAGGAUGUACUCAAGGAGCCACUUCACCAAGGCACUUGAGCUCAUGGUCUUGCUCGUGGUCUACCAGGCAUACGGGUCCGCGGCAGAAGGCAGGGCUUAUUUGUUUGUGACCUUUUCGAUGUGGUUCCUUGUGGUCUCGUGGCUGUUUGCACCCUUUUUGUUUAACCCAUCCGGGUUCGAGUGGCAGAAGAUAGUAGACGACUUUGAUGACUGGGCCAAGUGGAUGAGUAGUCAGGGGGGGAUUGGUGUGCCGGCUACCAAGAGCUGGGAGUCGUGGUGGGCGGAGGAGCAGGAGCAUCUUCAGUACACAGGAUUGCUCGGAAGGUUUUGGGAGAUUCUGCUCUCUCUCAGGUUCUUUGUGUACCAGUAUGGGAUCGUUUAUCAGCUGCAUGCUGCCCAGAAUGACAAAAGCAUUAUGGUAUAUGGUUUGUCUUGGUUGGUCAUUGUUGCUAUUGUAAUCAUUUUGAAGGUUGUGUCCAUGGGAAGGCAGAAGUUCAGCGCUGAUUUCCAGUUGCUUUUUAGGCUUCUGAAGCUAUUCCUAUUCAUCGCCUUUGUUGUCAUACUAUUCGUCUCCAUAAAAUUCCUCGAGCUCACUGCAGGCGACAUUUUCGCCAGCUUAUUAGGCUUCUUGCCAACUGGAUGGGCUCUUCUGCAGAUAGCACAAGCUUGCAGGCCUAUAGUGAAGGGCUUGGGAGCAUGGGGAUCUGUGAAAGCACUGGCAAGAGGUUAUGAGUACUUAAUGGGUUUGACCAUAUUUGCUCCAGUUGCAAUUUUGGCAUGGUUCCCAUUUGUGUCCGAGUUCCAAACACGGCUGCUUUUCAACCAGGCCUUCAGCAGAGGUUUGCAGAUUCAACGUAUUCUGGCCGGUGGAAAGAAAAACAAGUGA